UUGUAAACAUUUGUUUUAUUACUUAAAAUAUAAUAAAAUACCUAACAAAAUGGACACAGUGCCUCCUAAACCGAAGAAGCUUAAAAGUGCCACCAGAGAAGAGCUACUGAAUUUGAAUAAAGAUGAUUUGGUGGAUAAAAUAUUGCAGUUAGAAGCUCAUAAUGCACAGCUGAAGAAUAUAAUUGGUAAAAACAUUUCUGGCGAUGAGGAGACUGAGCGAAAAAGGAAGAAACCGUUUGAUUUUAGCAGAUGCCAAUACCGCAGAGUCCUGCUCCGCAUCCUGUACUUCGGCUGGGACUACCAGGGGCUAGCGGUGCAGGAGGACACCACGCAGACCAUUGAGCAUCAUCUCUUCCAUGCGCUGACUAAAUCCUGCUUGAUACAGAGCCGUGAGACAUCACAGUACCAUAGAUGCGGAAGGACUGAUAAAGGUGUCAGUGCCUUUGGGCAGGUCAUAUCAAUAUCACUGCGUAGCAACCAGGGCGAAAACGGCGAUGUUGGUAAAGAGAUGCCGUACUGCAAGAUCUUGAACCGACUGCUUCCUAAGGAUAUCAGAGCUGUGGCUUGGAUGCCUAUACCGAGUGACAGGCCUGAGUAUAGCGCUAGGUUCGACUGCACCCAACGCCAAUACAAAUACUACUUCCCCCGCGGAGCCCUCGACCUGGCCGCCGUGCGCGCCGCGUGCGCGCAGCUUCCGGGCGCGCGCGACUUCCGCCAUCUUUGCAAGAUGGACGUCGGAAAUGGCGUCACGCAGUUCGUGAGGGAGGUGAAGAGAGCGGAAAUAUUACCCGUGGAUGAGGAGGGAGAUAGCCCGUACUCAAUGUACUACCUACUGAUAGAAGGCAACGCGUUCCUCUGGCACCAGAUACGGUGUAUUAUGGGAGUCCUACUGCUCAUUGGUCAAGGCAAAGAGUCGCCAGAUGUCAUUACCGAGCUGUUGGAUAUCGAGAAAAAUCCUAGGAAACCUCAAUACAGUAUGGCGCUGGAUGUCCCACUAAAUCUGUUCCAUUGUAGUUACGAUAUGGAACAAACGCAUGAGUGGAUAUACGAUAGAGACGAACUCAAAACGGUCAUAACUCAGUUGCAGGGUGAAUGGACUAUACAUAAUAUCAAAUCCACUAUGAUAAGAGACGCCUUAAAGCAAUUAGAAAAACAAUACGAAGACACGUGUAAAAGCGAGACGGACGAGUUAGAAAGAGACAGAGUGACAGCACACACGGAUUGUCUACUACACGGUGUGAAGCCUAAGGUUUAUAAGCCUCUUUUGGAGAGACAGACUUGUUCAAGUCUAGAAGAAAGGAUAGAGUAUUAUAAGAAGAAAAGAAAAGUUCAAAACGAUGGCGAUGUCAGCUCAGAUGUUUAAUAUAAUUGAUUGUUAUAUACAUAUUUGUGACGUUCCACGGCAAAAGGUAC